CCACGUCUCAUCGAGUAUACAGAGCACCGUCUAUAGACGUCGACUGGAAAGUCAAAUGUAGCUGCCUCACUCUCGGGGCCACCAUGCUCUUUUCCUGCUACUGUACAUCGGCAUGUCACAUGAUCAGACGUCAUCUGAUCCCCGGAAUGGCAGCAGGCUGCCACUUGACUUUGACAACUGCAAACCAACUCAUCCUCAACGACCUGAACAGUUGUAUAGGAUCUCUCUGCACUUCUCUUCAAGGCAUAUAAAGCUCUCUUUUGUGACCUUGGAUCUUGGCUUGUCCUCGAUCCCCUCUUUCUUGCAGGUGAUACAUAGCACGCAACUCUAACCACCCCUCUCUUCGGAAAGCCAUGUGUAGCUCGGACAUCUUCCUGGCGGUCCUCGCCGUCUUCUUCCCGCCCAUUGCUGUUUGGAUCAAGGCGGGGAUCUGCACCGCUGACUCCCUCAUCAACAUCGCCCUCUGCCUGCUAGGCUACAUCCCGGGCCUCAUUCAUGCAUGGUAUAUCAUCAUGAAAUACCCCGAGCCCGACUACGACGACGUAGCCUACGAGCCCAUCUCCGGCGGCUCCAGCCAGCGCCGCGAUCUCGAGAACGGUCGCGUGACGUACUACUACGUCUCACACCAGCCUCUGCAGAACCCUACCCAGCGACAGUCCUACGGUACCGUCAACCAGCAAGGCCAGCAGGGGGACGCGCCUAAGCCGUCAGAUGGCUCGCAGCAAGGUGCUGGAGCUAGCAGUGGCGAGGGACGGUCUGACACCCGACCGCCACCUACCUAUGCCGAAGCUGUGAAGGGCGACAAUAAGAUCCAGUCUCAGAAUUAGAGAGAGGCGGGAUAUUCUACUGGGACGGCGACUGCCUUUAUUCGGUUCCUUUUCUUCGCGAGAGAUCGCAUUUGCUUGGCCUCUACAUCGUAAAAGCUCCAUCCGGCUUCAGUUGGAGUGGUUUCAUUUUCAUGACUUUGACGAAGGAUAUGUUCUUAUAGUUUCCUUGACUUUUUUUGUCAGCACGCAACCCCAUGUUUUAGCUUUGUUCUAGUAAUCUUCAAUGAAUUUCUGUAAGUAUACGUGAAUAUCUUUGGUCGUGGAGACGUAGGUGGAAGAAACCUCGACGAAUCGGUUCAUCGGAUUGACCCUUGGCGGCCAUGUAUUUUAUGC